AUGAUGAUGCAAUUGCAGAUGAUUGCGAAGUAGGUGAUUGGAACUUUACAAAAUGGCGAAUUUUAGCUGCGGUCCCAGCCGCUAUGUCUACUUUUCUCGACUUUCCGGAGUUCAGAGGAUGCUACACCCCGCUGGACCUGACGAUGGAGCCCUGGCUCCUGCCAGGAUGCAGCUCUGUCUACGACUGCCUGGUCAGGGAUGUUGGGGCGACUCCUCUGUCCUUCCACUCGGGUGAUUACAAUGGAUCCACCGCUGCCCUCUUCUCACAGAAGCCUCGGAGAUCAUCAAUCCUUGAGCGCUGCAUCUUGCGGAUAUCUUCUGCUGGUGUUCAGACGGACGAGAGGGAUGAAGUUCCCAGGUCUCCCGCCAAGUCCUCCUGGAGCUCCCGUCACCUGGACAUGUCUCGUUACGAGACGAACGAAAACGUUCUGAAGAGACGGCAGAAGCAGAUUCAGUACGGGAAGAACACGGAGGGCUACCAGAACUACCAGCAGCAAGUGCCCAAACCUCAUCGGGUUCCUGGCCUGCACCCCUCAACUCCAAACAAAUACCACAAGUACAGCCGCCGCUCCUGGGAUGCUCAGGUGCGGCUGUGGAGGAAGGCUCUGCAUGCCUGGGACCUCAACGAAGGACCUCAGGACGAGGAUGAGGAUGUCCUGCAAGACCCUCAGCAGAUGUGCUGAUCCUACUUCGCAGUCCAUGCCUCCAUUUCAGGAACUGGGCGAAGAGGGAAAUCCCUGCUGCCUAGCACUUCAGUCCUCACUCAAUCCGAUUUCUUUCUAUCUCUCUUCCGCUUUUUUUUUUUUAAACCGGCUCUCAACUGAGCUAUCCAUUCAAUUCCAACAACAGUUUAGUAGAUCCAUAUCUUUGUAGACAGUUAGCACAACCCUUGCCUGCUUCUGACUGUGCCAUUACCAUGUCUCCCCACUAGAGGGACCCAUCACCUUCAUGUUGAGGCAGUUCCUGUGUAGUCAUUUUUAAUGGGGACUGUUAUUGUGCUGUUUGGAUGUGCGGGCAGUUUUGCCUUUUGGUGUUUGUGGACUAUCUGGGAUUGUGGCCUGCCUCACCCUUUCAUGUGUAACUGACAUUCUAAGCUUCUGUCGUUUCUGUUUUAUUUUCACCUCUUUGUAUGUGUAAGCUGUGGAAAGAGUCGUUCUCUGCAGUUUACGUUGUUUAUGAACUGUGACGUGCAGUUGUUUUCAGUGUUUAUUGCUAUUAUUGUCACUGUUUUGUCAAUUACUUGUUAGGUUAUUUCCUUUAGAAAUGGUUAAUAUUUAAAAACACAAUGUUAUUGAUCAGUGUUGCCGCAAGGUGAAAUCACCACCUCACAGUUCUUUAUGAUCAUUACUGUAGUCUAAUGCUAAUAAAAACACAUCAUGAAACUUCAAAAA